AUGACUGAAAAUUCAUCUGGGAAUAUGCAGGGGGGCAUCACCCCCAUGCAGCAGAUGCUGGCAUCUGGAACUGGGGCCCUCUUCACCUCUCUUUUUGGUAGGUACCCUGCAUUUAUUCUGCAUUUUUUCCUGGGCCAGUUCGAGUGACAUGGAUGCAUACCAAAAAUGUGCAGUGACUAGAAGGCGUGGUUUGCACUGGCUUCAACUAGCCUGGCUCAUUUUCCUUCCUGUGUAUGCCUCAUGUUUUGCUGCCCCAUUGCUGCUGGCCACCUUGUCUAUGCUCUGGCAUUGUGAAAAUGUGGAUGUGCAUUGAAAAAUAAGGAACUGGACCUGUGGAGAAGUAGUUACAUAACUGGUUCGCCACUUGUGCAAACUGGGCCUGUUUACUGUCAGCCAGCACCAUGGCCGUGUGGUUGGGAUGGUAUAAAGUAGCCUUUUGCCAUUAAUUGUUUGAUUGGGAUGCACCAAGGAGAGCACUGCUUCUCUUGUGCCCAGUCAUAGUAUCUUAGAUUGAACAAUUUGGGCCCUGUUCACAUGUGAUGUUCAUCACUCAAAUACUGCGCCAAUAGCUGGUGACUGUUAUGUAGUUUCACUUUGCCUCUGCCACAAUACUUCCCAUUAGAGGCAAUGUACAUGUUCAUUAGCAAGUCAGAUGGUGCACCUGUGAACCAGUCCUUAGUCCAGCUUUUCUCAAACUUCUGGUAGUUGAAAUGCACUUUCAUCUGAAUAAAAAGUGAAGGCACACAUCACUCUUGCAUCCAAAAAUCUUUACCUGGAGGUGGAAGAAUCUCCUCUCAGGGAGGGGGAAAUACAGUGGUACCUCGGGUUACAGACGCUUCAGGUUACAGACUCCACUAACCCAGAAAUAGUAUCUCGGGUUAAGAACUUUGCUUCAGGAUGAGAACAGAAAUUGCACGGCGGCAGCGGGAGGCCCCAUUAGCUAAAGUGGUACCGCAGGUUAAGAACAUUUAAGAACGGACCUCCAGAACGAAUUCAGUUCUUAACCCGAGGUACCACUGUAUUUCCAGCACAGCUGCCGCACCUGUGCUCUUUUGCCAGGCUCCAGGGCGGUUCCCUUGAGAGUGUGUUCCUUUGAAGUUCAAGCAGUACAUUGCCAUUCCUUCCUUCAGGUAAACAUAAUCCAAGAGUACAGCAGCAUACCAGUUCGCCAGGUUCACCCAGGUGCAUUGCCACAUCUUCUAAAAAUACUUUGCAGGUGUAGGGGCAGCAUAGUGUUUGAUAUCUUUCUUCCCGCUUCCCUCACUCACAAAAGUAGAUGCACCCAUUCAUAAGGUGAGUGGGGAGCAAAAGGAAGGAAAUUUUAACCUCACAUUGUGUUAUAUUCAGAAAGCAUCUUUAGUGAUCUUCCCAGUGGCUGCUCUGCACCUAUCCAAACCUGUUUCUCUGAUCCUCUGGCUCUGGGAUACUGGGCAUAUGUCUGUUCUGUAAAAUGUGUGUAUUAUUAUUAUUAUUAUUAUUAUUAAAUUCCCCAGCCACUCUGCAUAUUAAUAAUAAUAAUAAUAAUAAUAAUAAUAAUAAACUUUUAUUUGUAUCCUGCCCUCUCCGGCCGAGACUUGGCUCAGGGCAGCUAACAUCAAAUAUAAUAUAUAACCUUGGUAUAAAAUCAAACAAUAAUUAAAUUACCGGUACCUCCUAAAAACAAGUCAGGAUCAAAUCUUAAAGCAUUCUAAAAACAUUAAGCAUUAAAAAACUCUUGAUAUAAUCAGUCCCUUUUGUGUUGUGCUUUCAGUCACACCCUUGGAUGUGGUGAAGAUCAGAUUGCAGGCUCAGAGGACACCUUUUUCUAAAGGUAAGCAAUUCUUCCUUUUUGGACUGGAAGCCAUUAGGGAGGAACCUUCCAUCUCUUGGAUGCCAUUGGCCUUGGACAGCUGCCUUAAGUUUCAAAACUGCUUUGACAUACAUAAAAGCUCUGUGGGCUUGGAGCCAACCUUAAAGUUCAAGAAAAGCCCUUGGUGCAGAGCUUUCUGGAACUACUUCAGAAUGCAACCGGAGAGUGGGGGCUUCCAUGUUUAAAUGCUGUCCCUCAACCCAGAAGAAUCCCUUGUACACAAAUAGCCUUUCCCCCGCUGAGCUGGUUUUCCAGAAUGAGGGAGUUUUUGAUUGGGGGCAGCAUUCAAACCUGCAACUUUCCCCACCUAUGUUCCUGGAGGACUCUGCUGUUUUUCCCGUAUGAUGAAAAUUCACCCUUAAAGGAAGUGCACUGCUAGGGCUUAAUUGUGAGUGGCUCUGGACUGGACUGUAGCAUGCUUUGUAGUGUGUCAUGCUGAGUGGUUUGAUAACCACGGCCUCUUGAGUCAUUUUGCUUAGCCCAUAACUGGCUUGUGCCCGUAGGUUAGUGGGACUUGACAAAAUUGUUUAACCCUCCCAAUGAACAUUAAGCCAUCCAUCUCUUUCCAUCCUCGAUGUCUUACCUUGGAGCAGUGCCCCAUAUCUGUUGGAAGCCCUCCUCAGGUUACCAGAAAACCUGUGGCUUUCUAAAUAUUCUUGGACUCUGACUCUCAUCAGCCUCCACCAGCAUCGCCAGCAAUCAAGGAUGAUGGGAGUUGUAGUCCAACAACAUCUGAAAGGCCACAGGAUUUCCCAACGUUGCCCCAAGCCAUUUGGGUCUAGAAAAUUAUGGGUUAAAAAAAAAUAGCCAGGUGCAUGGGGGAAAUUACAAUCUGUAUUGCAGACUGUAUUGCACAAUCUUUUUGCAGCCAGAGUCCCCAGACAGCUACUUCUUACCCGCUGCCUCAACUAAGGGUCCUCAUGUCCCUUCAGCUGUUCUUCCUCCCUCACCUCUCUCUAAGUAUUUCCAUGUUAUGUCUUUUUCAGUGUUUUCAGUACAGUGUAUGCCCUGGAGCAUUCAGCAGCCCAAAUGUGAGUAUAUCAGAUGCUUUCCCAUAUAAGCUGCCAUUCUCUUUGGAUGCAGCUCUGACCCUUUUACUAUUUCCAUGAGCAUCUGGUUGGCUACUGUGAGAGCCACGUGGGGCUAGAUGGGCCUUUGGCCUGAUCUAGCAGCGCUCCUCUUUGCAUACUGUUCAUGCUCCCAAAGGAGAGUGCUGGGAGCUUGUUCUUCCUUCCCCUGCCUUCCAGCUCUCGGGGGAGAAUGAUCCUAUCCCUCCUUCACCAAAGACGCUGGUGUUCAUCUAUCUUUGUUGUAUUCCUGGCACAGAGCAUUCAGAAGAACGUGUGAGGGCUGAAAUUGUGCUGGGAUGCCCGUGUCGGCUUCUUCUCAAAUAUCCCCAUGCGCACCUCACCUGGCCCUUCCUCUCUUGAUGCGUUAAUGUCCGCAGAUCUCCUCUGCCAAGAAAAGUAGAAUUAGUUGUGGUAGCCCUUCAUAACAUGCCAUCACUGUCUUGGUUGAAACCAGGACCUCAGAAUAAUAAGGUAUCGCAGAGACGGGAUGCAGGGAGAAUGACUUGAGGUGCUCACCAAUUUUAUUUCCCUGUCUUGUUAUGUCCUACUAAGUAAGUUACUUCAUCUUCCCCAUGUUUCACCAAUUUGUCCAUCCUUGUUCAGAGGCAUUGGAUGGGUGAGCAUGGCCUAAUUUGUCCCUUUUGGUGCUGCUGAUCUAAGUAUUUCUGCCUUGGGCCUGCUUCAUAUCAUUAUAGUGUGUGAUAUUUGUAUGAAUACCUCAUCGUAGAUGCUGGUGCAAGUCUGCAGCUUCUUGAGUUCAAAGCAACGUUGUGACUUUUGUGAGCUCAGCACAUAUAGUGUGCAUUGUGGCCCUUCAGAUUGCAGGGGAAGACCUGCAUAUUUGAACGUUCCCUCACAAAUAGAAAGUUAGUGCUUUCUCCUCACAGAUAGAAAGUCAGCACAUCAGGGGUAAGGGCUUUACCCUAACCACCUCCCUAAAGUACCAUCUUUCAAGCUCAGCCAGUCAUUAAAUGUUGACAUGCUCCUUUUACUGCCAGUGGCCCACCAUUGCUUGGGUUUGGGACUGCCACAGCCAGAAAUGCCCUCUCUGGCUCAUAAAAUGAUACCAUCGCAUUCUCCUGUUUAGUACCUCUUCCAUGUGGAAAGGCUGCAGCUUCCCCUCUCCUCUGAGCUCUCUCUGGAGUUGAGAUGCGUGUAAUUGGGCCCUUGUGUAUUCUGCACAUUGUUCCCCUCUGCCCAGCUACGAAUUCUCUUAUCAGAAAUAAUAAUAGUGUCUUUAGAUAUGUUUUAAUUUUACACAAUUCAUUCUGCUUCCACAAAAUCUUCAGUUUUGAACCUCUUUUCUUGUGCUUUUUUUGUUGUUGCUAACAAACGAUGUGAAAAGUCCUUUCCAUUUUUCUUUGCAGCCAUGCAAGCUAGAAUGCCUGUUUAUUUUUAGCAAAAACUGAGCAUCGUUGCAUGCUGAAUUGAACAUUGGGUAGCACAGAAUAUAUCUGGCACUGCAUGUUGCAUUGGUGGGUAGAAAGCUGUUCCCACCUUCUAUUUUUAACUGUUGCGAGCAUUUUGUCUCCUCUGUGUGCAUCUCCUUCUUUUCCUUCCCGUGUCCCAUAACUUUUGUGUCUCUUUGCUUUAACCCCUUUAAUUUAUGUCUGGUUGAAGGGAGUAGCUGUGUGUUGGGGCUGGUGGCCCUGAUGUUGCCUUCUGGGGAGCAGGUGAUGGCUUCAUGGGUAGACAACCCCAAUGUAGCAUGUCCAGAAUAUUUCAGCUUUAUGAGGACACAGUUCUGUCUUCAUGAAAACAGCCUAUUUAUCUUCUUCUGCAACCUGCUCUUGGGUCUAUUGCAUCUGCUAUGACUUAAGUCUGAAAACAUCUAACUUUUCAAUGCCUUAGAUGGACAAUAGAUGUUUUAUACAGCACCCAAUUAACUUGCACAUUCAUUACUACAGGGAUUCCGUGAUUAUUGAUACCAAUACCUUUUUAAAAAACCACUGACCUGUCCUUCAUGACCAAAAGCUGAGACUGGAACCAGAAAACUCCCUCUGAUAAUUAGAUCUUGGGACAAACAAGGUCUAGUUGUCUUUUAUCACAUCCUGCUAGAUUUUCACACUAGGGAAACAUCUGAGACAUGGAUAACUUUGGUUUUGCUACAGAAAUUCCCAAAGCUGGGAGGAAUUUUCAGCAGGAUCCAAACAUGAAGAAAACUGCUCUUUACUAUUAUUUAUUUAUUAUUUUAUGUUCUGAAUGCAAAUGCAUCCAGAAACGCUAAACUGCAUUUAAAAAUGAAACAUUUGCUAUUUAUAUAGCCACCCCGUGUGACAGUUCAUAAAGCAAAAACAACAUUGGAAAUACAAUAUGAAACUCUAAUAAUUGUAACUAUUUUUUUAAAUUAAAAAAUGAGCAUUACUGCUGCAGGAUUCAGCAUGAGCCUGAGAUUGACAGGCACGUGUGUUCAGGAGCAGGUGACAAAUUGGAAAUGAGGGAGCAGUUAAGAACACCUGUUUUCUGGUGAUACAACAGCCCCCGCCCUCCUCUGAGCACUGUUCCUUCUUGUCCCCCUGUCCUCCGCAGGGAAAUGCUUCCUUUACUGCAAUGGCCUCAUGGACCACCUAUAUGUGUGUCAGAAUGGAAACAGCUGCACAGCCUGGUAUAAGACGCCUACUCGCUUCACGGGCACUUUGGUAAGGUUCUGCGUGAUGAAGGGCUGGACCAUCUCCCACUGGAAGGCCUUAUAGUUUGAGUUGGCUAUAUAACCUGGGUGGAGGUGGGUGGCUGAAAAUGUGGCAAAGACAUAGAUUAGGUUGCUAUCCCCCACCCCUGUUAAAUAUAUAUAAAAGGCCUCUAGAUAAAUUGCUUUAGGGACUCGUAAGUGUAUGGCUGGGGUUGACCUGAGGCGUGGCUGUCUACACCCUCCUAAGGUGAUGUGAAGUAGGGAACUGGAGGGACGUAGGUGUGCUGCUCCCUCCCAUCAGCCAGGAUAGCUCAGUUAGGUAGAGCAUGGUGCUGAUAACACCAAGGUUGCAGGUUCAAUCCCCAUAUGUGACAGCCACAUAUUCCUGCAUUGCAGGGGGUCGGACAAGAUGGUCCACAGGGCCCCUUCCAACUGUGAUUCUGUGAUCUGUAGCCAAGGUUUGUUCUUUGUUCUGGGGUAAAACCAAAUCCCAUGUAGUUCCAGGAGCAUAUGCAUGUGCAGGUGGGAGAUGAGGAAGGAGAAGCUUUUUCUAUGCAGGGCAGUUUGGAGCAAUGAAGGGGUGGGUUGGGAAAGGGUUAAGCACCCCUUUGUGCUGCCCCCUCACCCGCCCCAACAGCUGCUUCCCUGCCAAAGCUGGGGUUUUUCCUUGUAAGAACCAGGCCUCUUGGGAGCUCAUUACAGGGGUUUUUGUAUGACUUCUAGUUCAGCGGUGUGGCUCAGCUCCAGGGUUUUAUUCCAACCAACUGCUCUCUCCUUCACUGCCCGCCUUUGCCUCUUGUUUUUUCCAGGACGCUUUUGUGAAGAUAAUACGCUAUGAGGGCAUCCGAUCCUUAUGGAGUGGCCUUCCACCCACCCUGUGAGUGUGGACAUAAGUUACAUGCAAUUAAAUUUAAAUCCCAAGGUGCACAAUUUCGGGAAGUAACACACAUACUGUCGUUUUAAAACAGCGGGUGAGGAACCUUUUCGGCCUGGCAGGCCAGAUCUUCAUCUGUCCCCACCCCCAUAGGCUGACUGUGACAGCUUAGUGGGACCACCCACUUGUCACUCACAUGAUGUCAGAUGAUUGACACAUGGGCUGACCUUCCCCACCUGUCCAAGUCCCUUGUGCAGCACUUCCCAAGUGUCCACAGUCUGCCCAGUGCUUGGGAACAGCAGCACAGUUUACUAACCCUUCCUUUAAAAGCACUAUUAACAUUUUAUCAUUUUUAUUGCAAUGUAUGAUUCCCAUCAGUUUGCUGCCCUAGCAGAUCCUGUUCUGCCUUUGGAGCGUUCCACAUCCCCAAAAACAUUGAAUUAGGGAAUAACUUCAAGAAGGAAGCCUGGUGAUCACACUUGGUUGUCUGGUCUGCUAGUGUGUGUCUGCACACGUCUGCUUGAACAUGCGGCAUGGGCAUGUACUCCCAAGAAAACCAUCUUUGGGCAAUUACAUGAUUUAGAAGCAACAAACACAGUUUUACAGCAUAUAAAGUAACCCAGUGAAAGGUGUGGAAGCUUCCUGCCAAGGUAAAGAAGUGAGAAGGGAGAUCUCCAGUCUCUCGUUUCUUUGCUGCUUUCUUUCAGCACUGCUCAGUGAAUUGUGAAUUCUUAUCUACGUGAUCAGAAUUAUUGAUGGGCUUAUGGGCAAUGUCAGAUUUGCAGCGCAUUGGCAUUGGAAGUAGUUGGGUUCUACACGGGCAUGCACACUGUACUUUAUGGGACCAUGGCACUUAAUACCCACAACUUUUUAACAGGGUGAUGGCUGUCCCUGCCACUGUGAUCUACUUCACUAGCUACGAUCAACUACGCGAUUUAUUGCGUGCCAAGUUGGACAGCCAAGCACGGUACAUCCCACUAGUGGCUGGAGCUGUUGCCAGAUGUGAGUAUCACCUCUCCUGUGUUUGUAUAUUUGCAGGAGCAGCCUGCCUUUCUGCUUUUAAUUAAAUGCACAUAUUGUAAACCACUAGCUUUUCAGAAUGCAGACGUCGUCCGCCCCCCGUAUAGGCACACUGCUAGGAAACAAACAAAUAAUUCAAUUCGAACCUGGAAAUUGUGAGAGAGAGUUGGAGAGUCCUCGUUGCUUGCAAGGAAACCAUCUCCAAAGCCAGAAGACGACAUCAGUGAGGGCAGAGGAAGCCCCAAAGAGACUGGAAGCACAGCCAGGCUUUGUUUAAGCUGCUCAGCCUCCCUGCCUAACAGCAGAUAGCGUGUGGUGGUGCUGCGUUGGCGUCUUCUCCUCCCAGCCUCCAGCCAUGUCCAGAGCUUCAGUUCUAAUUGUGGAUAUUUUUGGAUAAAUUAUUUUCGGAUUGGAGAGAGAGGGUGUUUAAAUUGUGUUUAGAGAGUGUUCCCCACUUACACGAUUCUCACGCGAAUGUGUGUGGCGCCCCAGAACAUAACCUACACAUAAGGGGUGGGGGACACCUGUACUUAUUAUUUCCCUAGUGUUUGUAGAUGCCAAUCUCCAUUUUUGGAAGACUUUAUGUUUAGAAAAGGGGUCUUCUGGAGAAUAUGGAUGUUUGGAAGCAUUUUAGAGGUUUGGAUUACAUGUGCCAUAUAAAUGCUCAAGACAGGAAGUGGACGUGGUGCCUUCCAUAUGUUUUGGACUACUUCUCCCAGCAUUCCUGACCAUUGGCCAUUCUGGCUGAGGCUGUUAGGAAUUGUAGUUCAAUAAGAUCUGGAGUGAACAACAUUGGCUGUCCCAAAAUACAUAAAGAUCCUAGCUGCUGUGCAUCUAAAGUACACAGGUCUGGAAGGGUAGACAUAUGUCUUGUUUUGAGUCAAGAGAGGAAAAAGGGCUGCCUUACCACUGGAUGGAUGGAAAUAUAUCAGGAGGGAAACCAUUACUGUUAGCUUGUAUGAAGGAUAUUUUGCUGAAUGAGCUUCAGAAGUAGGAGCGUGGGAGGGAGGGAGCGAGAUGGAGAGAGAGAGACUGACAGUUCCUGCAGGAUACUGGGACAGGGGAACUGAAGUUCAGGUGAGCACCAUCCUUCCACCACCACCCCUUCUCAAAAAAUAGACAACGUUGAGAGAUGGCAAUAUGACGGCAGGUUACAGGAGUGGGUGUGUAGGAUGUAAAACAAGGAUAGAUGCCACAGUUAUGCCUUCCUUAGAAACCUCCCUGAGCCAUUCUUUGCCUUUUUUGUUCACCACCAGCACCACAAAUGAACAAUUAUUCAGGGCAGAUCUCUGCCAACUCUUCUUUCUCUUCCCACCCCCUCAAAAAGCUAUUUUUGACAGCCAGAAUUGCAGACUCUGUGUUCAGAUAUAAGCUAGCUUUUGGAUCCUAGAUCUGAAUGACUAGGAACAGGGUUGAAAAAUCAGAUUCCUACCCUACUUAUUGCUACCUUGUCAGAUCUUACUGACCAGGGGGAAGCUGGAAUACUGAGCUAGAUGGCAUUUCUGUGAAACCUACUACUUCAGUUCGCACAUUUUCCGACGCCCAGGCACCUAAAGGUUUCCUCAGUUUACAUGCCACUGGCAUUGUAAUCGAUGACUGCCAGUCAGCUCUUCUGCAUGCACGUGUCUUCCAUUUGGUCUUUGCAGUGGAGGAACCGGGAACUGCCUUGAUUAAACUGGGGCUUGAUUUCAUGUGCCACUCUGAUCUCUCUUCCCUAGUGGGUGCAGUGACAGUGAUCAGCCCCUUGGAACUCAUCCGAACAAAGAUGCAAUCCCGACAGCUGAGCUACCGGGAACUGCGUGUCUGCAUCCAGUCUGCUGUGGCCCAGGACGGAUGGUUCUCUCUCUGGAGGGGCUGGGGGCCCACAGUUCUGCGGGACGUUCCCUUCUCAGGUAUGGAAGUGACACAGGGAAGGGAGCAGAGAGCAGUAACAAGAGGGUUUGGAAGACGUUGCAUACAGAAAUUUGGGAGGAGCUAGGCAUGUUUUGUUUUCUGAGCAAAGGUUAUGCAAGGCGGCUGCUUUCAAGAUACCAAAAAAAUGAGACUGUUCUCACCUCUCAAAAGGGUUCAUCUUCAACUUAUUGUUGAGUACAAUGUCUUAAGGACAGCAGUGCAUCGUUACUUUAUAUUACCCAUGAAAGUUGUAGAAUCUCCACCAAUGUGGUUUUUUUUUAAAAAAGGGAUUGGACAAACACCUGUCCUUUGCUCAGGAUAUCCUGUUAUUGUAGGGGGUGGAGAAAUACAGUCCAUUCCCACUUGGAGAUAGACACACUAGAUGGUGUGUGGGUCUCUUUUGCCUUUGGCAUGUCUGAGUGAAUCCAGAAUCCUGAUAAGAGUUUUAACACCCCUGUUUUGUGGAACUGCCCUGCUAUUAUGAAGGUUGGCAUAUGAAUAAAUAAACUGAACAAAUAAAUAUUACCGUUAGAUCUGGGCAAAGGGUCAAACACAGGGAUUCUGGACAGAGCGGGGGAGGGCUGCAGCUCUAACAAGCAAGCACACCUUCCCCCCACUACCAAAAAGGAAGCAUAUUCAGCUUUCUGCGGCCUGCAGUUCCCCUCCCUCCUUUGACAAUCUGUCUCUUCCUCUUUCCCCCCCACAGCUCUGUACUGGUAUAACUAUGAACUGGUGAAGGACUGGUUGUGCACCCGAUUCUGUCUUACCGAGGCCACCUUCAUGGUCAGCUUUGCAGCUGGUGCCAUUUCUGGCACGGUGAGUGCCGGCGCUUGACCGUUCUUUCCAGUGGCCUUGAGAGAGAUGUGAGGCAGAGCAGCCUGCUGAGCAAUCUUCUCUUUAACUGUGACUUUGGGAGCCUCUUAACCAGUCCCCUUUCUGCAGCCAGGAAGGCUGUAAAGAUGGUGGCCUUCUUUCUUUAUUUCUUCCGUGUUGGUCAGCAGAAGUGAAUGUUAGCAUGCUGCUUAUUGUUAAGCAUAUGCUUUCUUAGCUCAGUGAUGGGAGCGAAUGGUGUAUUUGCAGCAUUUGUAAAAUGUAGCUAAUGUGACAGAUUUUAAUGAUGCACCUCUGGAGUAGGGAACAUUCCUCAAUCUGGUCAUGAAUAAUGUUCUGAAGGCUGUAUUCCAGUGGUGGGUGGAGCCAGGAGGAAAACUGGGUGGAGCCAUGGGUGUGAACUUUCUGGUUAGCUCCGUUGGUUGGAGGAUGGUGCUGAUAACACCAAGGUCACAGGUUUGAUCCCCAUAUGGGUACAUAUUCCUGCAUUGCAGAGGGUUGGACUAGAUGAUCCAUGGGGUCCCUUCCAGCUCUACAAUUCUAUAAUUCUAUUCCUGAUGCACACAUAGGACCUUUACCAUUAUUUAUCGCAAACCAUUUUUCCUUCUCCGUGUGCAUUCUGAACAGUAGAUUCUUCAUCAGUGAAGGAGGGUACCUAAAAUGGAUUUUAUCUUCUCCCAUUCACUCCAAGGGGGCCGUGCAUUUAUGCAGAUUCAGAAAACUUUGUCCCCUUUGGGUGUUGGAGGCACUGCCAAUUCCAUUCCUACCUGCUCCAAGACGGGGUGCUUUUCUUCAGAGCUCCUCCCUGUUUCAGUACAACAGCUCUUUCCCUCCCCUGUUUCCCACCUCUUUUCUUUGCAAACAUUUAGGCAACUAAAGUGGUAAAGGAGGCCCUAACUUUCCCACCCCAGUAGACAAAAGAAAGCGCUUUGCCUCAAGCCAAGGGAAGAAUCUUGCUAGUAGUGAUGGCUAAUAGAUGGCCCUUCCUAUUCCCCAGGUGGCUGCUAUCCUCACGCUGCCCUUUGACGUGGUGAAGACCCAGCGACAAAUUCAGCUGGGAGACAUGGAGACACUCCAAGGUGAGGCGCAGGAAGCUACCUGGGGCUGCUAUCAUUAAGCCUGGCUAACUUUUUGUUAUGGCUGCUGCAAGUGAAAAGAGAAGGAAUAAAAAUGUGAACUACAUAAUGUCAUAUACUUUGUCUCCCUGCUCAGUUGCUACUCCCAGAUCCUCCUCCACCUGGCUGCUUAUGCAGAAGAUUCGAGCAGAAUCUGGCACCCGAGGACUCUUUGCAGGUGACUUACAUUGCCGUUUACUGCUUGCCAUUCUCUGUGCUGUGCGACAGCACCUCUAUAGAAUAGUAUUAUUAUUAUUAUUAUUAUUAUUAUUAUUAUUAUUAUUACUUGCCCUUCACCAAGUCCCAAUAAUAAGUAGAGGAUGAGAUUUGUAGCUAUAAGACUAUGGUUGAAAUCUCUCAACUAAAACCCCCCCUAGAAAGUUGGGCAUUCUGUUCCAUCUCAGCCUCAUUUUCCAGUAGCUCCACUGCACUUUAAAAGAUUACCCCUACUUUGAACACACAGCGAUGUGUUGCAUGUGAGUCUCAUGCAGUCAAGACAGUGGUAUGUGUGCCAAAUUCAGAAGCUGGCCAAGCACUUGCACACUCUUUCCUCACCUUAUUAGAGCAGGCAGCAAACCGUGCACCAUGGAGAUGGGAUGAAUUAUUGAACGUAGGCAGUUCUGCUCCCUUUCCUUCUUCCCAGCCUGUCUGACAGGUUUGUUUUAUUCUUCUCUCCUUCCCCCUGCCAAAAUGGCCCACAGGUUUCCUGCCUCGGGUGAUCAAGGUGGCCCCCGCCUGCGCCAUCAUGAUCAGCACAUACGAAUUUGGCAAGGCCUUCUUCCAGAAAAUGAACCAGGAACGGCAGCUUAACAAUGUAUGAAGGCCAUGGAAAGAUCCUCCAUUUUUCAGACGGACCAAAGCCACAUUGGUGGCAGGGAGAAGGGACAUAUUUCAGAAGAGUGAAAGAGGAAAAACAAAGUUUGUGAACUCGUGGUCUGAGUAAGGUGGAUCCAGUCGUGGUCACUGUCAGUUAAGGGUUGAGAAGACCAUACCUAGGAAACAUUUUGUUCCCUUUUCUUGUAGGACGUGUCUCCUGUCAGACAAAUCCCAGGUGCCUUCCAGCUCGCUUCCACCCUCCUCCUCCUUUCCCUUUUGCUGGGGAGCAGUUCAGUGAUUUGAAUCUCUUAGCUGCUGCACUCCUUGCCCCCUGCCUCCCAACCCUAGAGCCAUUGUUACAUUUUGCUGUUGGGAUGCUGUCAUGUUUGGACCUUUUUACGCCUUUCAUUUGAAGAGCAGAAUGUUCUCUUUAGCCUUGCCCAGAAUCGAGAGAAUCUCUAGCUACAACUGGCUGCCUGUUAGGUCCCAAACAGAACGUGACUUUACUUUAAACCAGAAAGGGACGAAAGGAAAAAGAGGAAGAAGCAGGCUAGCCAUGGCAUUCCAAAAGGAGGUGGUUGUUUUUUUAAAAAAAAUGUUUUUUGCUGCAUGCAAUCUGUGUGCGUGUGGCCCUCCAAAAGGCUUCAAGCUGCUGUAGACGGAAACAGACAGGCAACUCCAUCCCUGCCUUAAUUCUUAAGUGUCUGUAGGCCUGCAUGCCUUCCACUCCACCACACGAUCCUUUCUGCGCAUGACGGAUAUGCUGGCUCACGCUGCAGCCAAACACUGGACAUUGGGGGGCCCAGAAAACAAAACACUGGCUUGGACACUCAGGAUUCUCCCACCUCUUCCCUUGACACUUCUAUGGGCAGCACGCCCUAGAUAAUGAGUAGCGUGGGCACAAAGGAAUUAAACGCUGUGUUCUCCCCUUGCAGUCUUCCAUAGCAUCUGCUCUGUUAAAAGGGGGGCUGAAAUCUCAGCCAGGCCAAAAGUUUGUUUUGAUGCCAGAGACUUGUAAGUGGCACCCUUUAGCAGCUGCUAGGCUUCCCCCUUUCUGUGCUGUUAACUUAUGUGCCUGUUGCUUACAUUCUUGUGGAAAGGUUCAGGAGGCUUUUUUCUUAAAUAAAGUCACAUUUUAAACAAAGAAACAAAAAAUUAUAGCAGAGGGCACCAGGAGAGGAUUGCUUGUUCAUCCAUGUUUUGUGUAUUAGGAAUUUCUGGUCUAGCUCUUCUCUUGUCUUCUUCGGGAACAGGAGUGGGGAACGUUUUGGCCCAGUCAGCUAUUUGUCCCAACCCCUCCCUGUCAAUUUCAGAUUAUUGGCAGGUAUGUUGUCCUGCACACCUAUCGGAAGGCCUUGCAUAGGGAAACAGUGUGCAGAUCUCUCUGAAAAAACUGUGCUCAACGCUUCUGAAGCACUGAGCAAAGGGGCUGGCCAAGCUGCUUUCUCUAGGGAUUGGGUGAGCCCUUGGGUUCCCCCUGCAGAGCUCAGUUGCACAGCCUAUUCGGCAGAUCAGCUGAUGGGUGGCAACAUCAACCUUACUUUGCAGGGAUUGGUUGUCCCCCAUGGGGUACUCUAUGCACCAUUCCUACUUGAGGAUUUUCUUCCCUCCCCGGGAGUCUUCUCAUGUGGUAUGUUCUAAGAUGCUUAUAUAAUUGGAGUGGGGGGGGCGAAAUCUUUUGUCUCCUAUGUAAGUUAUUGGUUUGUCCCUGUCUCCUCAUCUUCAUUCUGCAAGGCUUAUUCACUGGAUUCCUCCAUGAACCUAAAUCCUCCCUCCUUUUGACCAGGUGACUAGGUCUUUCUAAAAGCAGAAACAGGCCACUUAUUAAUCAGCCAAGAUACACAAUACAAAGAGAAACCCACAGGUGUUUUUGAAUCCUCUGUCACAAUUGUUCAGUACAUGGAAACAAGAACUUCCUAACCACUUUUAUCUUGGCUGUUAAAAAGUGUUGCAGAUUCCACCCCCCCCCCCUGAAUUUCCUGAGUGUUGGAAUGCUUAAAAGCAUUGGAAUGCUUAAAAAAACAAACCGCCUUUGCACCAGUCCAGUAGGUCAGUUUUCCCACAUGUUGUAAAAUUCCAGCUCCCGUCAGCCCCCUUAGCCUAAUAGUCAGGGAUGAAGGGCGUGGUAGUUGGCAACACCUGGGGAGCCAAGGUUGCAAGUGAUCGAACCACUGUAAGAAAGGGAUGCUGGGAAGAGAACAAGCAUCAUCACCAUGGUGUGAGCAGGAAUCGGGACCCAGGGGUCCUCCAGGUGAUGCUGUUCUCCAGCUCCUAUCAUCCCUAAUCAUUGCCCAUGCUGCAUCUGGAGGCCCACAGGUUGCCCACCCCUGUUGUAAAAGGUGUUUGAGGAAUGGGAUACGUGAAUGAGGAUGUAAAAAUGUGAAUGCAGUUGCAUUUGAGAUUAGAGUUAUGGGUAGAGAAGGAGGUACUCUAAACACCUCUGUAACUUACUGUGGCUCUUUUAAUAUAUUUCACAUUCCUAGGUGCCACAAUCAAGAUUUUAGGUAAACUAAAAUCGGGGAUGAGAUCAAGAGCUCCUUUAGGUGCACCUUAUGACUUAUUCAUUGGCAUAAUGAGUGUCUCCUCACUCCCAAGCGGCAGAGCACCAUCCAUCCCAUGCCAUAAUAAAAGCAGGCUCGGACAUUUUUCUUCAGCACCUGUUGUAGUUUGCUACAGGCCUGCUGUAUUAGAUGCGCAAAAAUGGUUGGUUGGUUCUUCAGAUCCUGACUUAGAAUUUAGCCCUGUCGUCGCAUGGACUCAGGCUGCAACCCAGUGCACCCUCAGGAACAAAGCUUAAUUGAAUUUGGUGUGGCUUAUUUCUCAUUUCAGUAUGCUUCCAUUUGCACAUACGCAUUGUAACUCAGAAAGUCCCCAAUUUAAAUCUCAUCUUAACCGUUAUUCAGUGGCCCCAGACAAGCCAUUGUUCUCUAAUCCCAUCUGCAAUGCAGAGAUAAUACUGCCUUAUAGUAUAGUGCCAUUGUAGGAAUAAGGGUAUAAUACAGGUGAAGAGCUUUGCAGCUGAACCAUACGGCAUGAAUGUAAAAAUUAAUUUCCCCAAGCCACUUUUUAAAAAAAGACUUAAGGAUGUUUGCAGAAGAAAGAUGUGUAUCGGAAAAGAGACUUCAACAGACUUUGUCCCAUUUUACUGCCAGCUCCUCAAAUCUGUUUUAAUUCUUGCCCAUUAAUUCUACAGCUUCCCCAGCUGCUGGUCUAUAACAGUUUUUCAGCCGUGGCGAAUGAAGUCAUCACAUACCAGAGCGUUCCUAAGUCUGCUUUGUCAAAACUCUGGUAG